AUGACCUGGUUUUUUAUGGAUUUUAAUGAACUUUCUGGAUACUUUUUAAAUCACUCACCUUUGGUAGGUGAUGAUAAUUUCUACAUCAGAAAAGAGAAUUCUAAUAUUGUUGAUUUGGGGCUACGCUUAAAGGUCUUCCUGGGAAUUCAAAGCAAGCGUCGUUGGACAUACACGAAAGUUAACAUGAAUAGAAUGCUGAUUGGUAGGAAAAUAUGCAUAUAUUACUAUAAGGAUUAUUUGAGCCUCGCUGACCGACUUGAGGACAUGGUUUGUAAUCUAAUGCGUCCGCAAUAA